GUGCAGUAGGCAAAGAUGUCGCGAGUCGGUCGCACGGGGUUAACGCUCUUCGCAUGGAUUUUCAUCAGCAGCUCGCGUGCAGCUCUCCCAUCAUCCCAGAAGUGUGAUGACGCGCUGGCCUCAUCGCUGACCCACAGCGCAUUCGGCAGCUCAUCUGUGUUCUCCAGUGGUUACGCUCCUGGAUACGCCAAACUCAACAAGAGAGGAGGUGCUGGAGGCUGGUCCCCUCUGGACAGUGACCAUUACCAGUGGCUGCAGGUGAACCUCGGCAGCAGGAAGCAGGUCACGGCCGUUGCCACGCAGGGUCGAUACAGCAGCUCUGAUUGGACCACUCGUUACCGCCUGCUCUACAGCGAUACGGGCAGGAACUGGAAGCCGUACCAUCAGGACGGGAAUAUAUGGGCAUUUACGGGAAACUCCAACACGGAGAGUGUCGUGCGUCAUGACCUGCAGCACGCCGUCGUGGCCCAGUACCUCCGCAUUAUCCCGCUGGACUGGAGCGAAGAGGGGCGAAUCGGUCUCCGGAUCGAGAUCUACGGAUGCUCGUACUGGGCCGACGUGAUGAACUUUGACGGCCAGGGCGUGAUCUCCUACCGCUUCAAAAUGAAGAAGAUGAAGAUCCUGAAGGACGUGAUUACUCUGAAGUUCAAGACGGCGGAGAGCGAGGGCGUGAUCGUGCACGGCGAGGGCCAACAGGGAGACUACAUCACCCUGGAACUGCGGAGGGGACGACUGGUGCUGCAGAUCAACUUGGGCAGUAACCAGCAUGGCUCUAUUCUGGGCCACACUCUGGUGACGAGUGGCAGUCUGCUUGACGAUCAUCACUGGCACACGGUGGUAAUCGAGCGCUACCGCAGAAACGUCAAUUUCACCCUCGACCAACACACGCAGCAUUUCCGCACCAACGGCGAGUUCGACCACCUGGACCUGGACUAUGAGCUGAGUUUCGGAGGGAUGCCCUACUCUGGAAAACCCGUCUCCGGAGAUCGGCGGAACUUCAAAGGGUGUAUGGAGAGCAUCAAUUACAACGGAGACAACAUCACCGACCUGGUCCGAAGAAAGAAACUGGACACCUCUGGCUUUCGCAACCUGACCUUCUCCUGCGCGGACUCUCACACGUUUGCCGUGUUCUUCAACGCCACAAGCUUCCUACAGCUGCCGGGCCGGCGGGAGCACAGCACGGUCUCCGUCGGCUUCCAGUUCCGCACGUGGAACCCCAGCGGCCUGCUGAUCUUCAGCUCACUGGCCGACGGAAUGCUGGAGAUCUCUCUGAACGCUGGCAAAGUGGCUGCACACGUGUCCGUGGGGCAACAUCCCACCUCCCGCGUAGACGUUGCAUCAGGUGUGGGGUUGAAUGAUGGGGAAUGGCAUGAUGUCCAUUUCCUGGCUAAAGAGAACUUUGUUAUGCUGACCAUCGAUGGUGACGAGGCCUCGGUCGUGAGAGCCAACACCCCUAUUCACAUCACAACAGGAGGAACGUACCACUUCGGAGGGUACUUCCUGCGGACACAGGCAUCUCCAUCUCAGCGGUCCUUCCAGGGAUGCAUGCAGCUCAUCCAGGUGGACGAUCAGCCGGCCGACCUGACGGCGGUGGAGCAGGGCAUUCUGGGAGCCUUCGAGAACGUCAGCCUGGACAUGUGCGCCAUCGUCGACAGAUGUAUGCCCAAUCACUGUGAGCACGGGGGAAACUGCACACAGACCUGGGAUCAGUUCAGCUGCUCUUGUGAUGGGACUGGCUACACUGGAGCCACCUGCCACACAUCUGUCUACGAACAGUCGUGUGAGGCCUACAAGCACCUGGGGAGAGCUUCAGACGUGUACUGGAUCGACCCCGACGGCAGCGGACCUCUGGAUCCCUUCAGGGUCAUCUGCAACAUGACAGAAGAGAAUGUGUGGACAACUGUGAUGAACAACCUGCCAGCGCAGACGCCCGUGACGGGCUCGAGUCGUGAGCGUCGCACAGUGCUUCAGCUGAACUACAGCGCCACCACUGGGCAGAUGACUGCUGUUACAGGCAACGCCGAGUACUGCGAGCAGCGUGUGGCUUACGCGUGCCGCAUGUCCCGCCUUCUCAACACACCUGACGGCACUCCAUAUACGUGGUGGGUCGGCAGGGGCGGUGAGAAGCACUUCUACUGGGGUGGCUCCAGUCACGGCAUCCAGAAGUGUGCGUGUGGUAUUGAACGCAACUGCACCGACCCCAAAUACCACUGCAACUGUGACGCAGACCAGAAACAGUGGAGAGAAGACUCUGGGCUUCUCGUGUACAAGGACCACUUACCUGUGAGCCAGGUGGCGGUAGGGGACACCAAUCGACCCGGAUCAGAGGCCAAGCUGACUGUCGGACCUCUGCGUUGUCAAGGAGACAGGAGCUACUGGAACGCAGCGUCCUUCAACACCCCAUCUUCCUACCUGCACUUCUCCACCUUCCAAGGAGAGACCAGUGCUGAUAUCUCCUUCUACUUCAAGACCUCAGCGCCCUAUGGAGUCUUUCUAGAGAACCUGGGAAACACAGACUUCAUCCGACUGGAACUUAAAUCGCCGACGAUGAUCUCCUUCUCCUUUGAUGUGGGCAAUGGGCCAGAGGAGCUGGCCGUGCGCUCGCCCGCACCGCUCAACGACGACCAAUGGCAUCGCGUCAGCGCCGAGCGCAACGUCAAAGAGGCGGUCCUGAAACUGGACCAGCAGUACCGGCAAGUCCAGCCAGCACCUGCACAGGGACACACGCGGCUGGAGCUCUACAGCCAGCUCUACGUGGGUGCCGCAGGAGGUCAGCGAGGCUUCCUCGGAUGCAUCCGCUCGCUGAAGAUGAACGGCGUGACCCUUGACCUGGAGGAGAGGGCAGCGGUCACCCCCGGGGUCAAGCCCGGGUGUUCGGGUCACUGCACCAGUUUCGGGAUGUACUGCCGCAACGGGGGCAAGUGUGUGGAGAAGUACAACGGCUACGCUUGCGACUGCAGCGGCACGGCAUACGAAGGAGCCUUCUGUACGAAGGAUGUCGGGGGCUUCUUUGAGGCAGGUACUCUGGUCAAGUACAGCCUGACCCCAGAGCCGGUGCCGGUCGCUGCAUCUCACGCGGUGGACAGGACGGAAGUGAGCGAGUGGCAGGGUCCUGACACCAACCUGACACAGGAGGAGCUGGUUUUCAGCUUCAGCACGUCCAGUACGCCCAGCAUACUGGUGUACGUCAGCUCCAAGACCCACGACUACAUGGCCAUAGUACUGCAGCUCAACGGGACUCUCCAGUUACGCUAUGACCUUGGUGGCUUGUCUGAGCCUUUCGCCAUAGACCUGGACCAGAGGAACCUGGCCAACGGACAGCCACACAGCGUCAACAUCAGCCGCGCGGACAGGGACGUGCGCGUCCAGUUGGACCACUAUCCUCCAGUGAGCUACACCCUGCCACAAGCCUCGGACGUCCAGUUCAACCUGGUCAAGGCGCUCUUCCUGGGAAAGGUCUAUGAGACGGGUCAGAUCGAUCCGGUGCUGAUCCAGAGGUACAACACUCCGGGCUUUGUCGGCUGCCUGUCCCGAGUGCAGUUCAACAGCAUUGCUCCUCUGAAGGCUGCCCUCAGGUCGCGGGUCUCUGCCCCUGUCUCCCACCAGGGCAAGCUGGUCGAGUCCAACUGUGGGGCAUCCCCCCUCACCAUCCCACCCAUGUCAGCCGCCACAGACCCCUGGCACCUGGAAGGAGGUGCUGGUUUUCCUUUUAAUGAGGAGCGAGUGAUACCAGAUGGAGUCAACAGGAAUUCUGCAAUAAUUGGAGGUAGUAUUAUUGCCGUGGUGAUCUUCACCAUCCUGUGCACCCUGGUCUUCCUCAUUCGCUACAUGUUCCGCCAUAAAGGGACGUACCACACCAACGAGGCUAAGGCGGGCGAGUCCUCGGAUUCUCCUGACACAGCCAUCAUCGGUACGGAGCCCAACUUCACAGAGACCAUCGACGAGAGCAAGAAGGAAUGGUUUAUCUAAGUGCAUGUCCUGUCUGGGCAGAAGAACAAGCCCACAUUCUCUCAGAUGCUUGCCGAGAAUCAUACCAAGCAGCCACUAGGGGGCAGUUUCUCGACCAAGCUGAGAGAAUAAGACUGUACAUACUGAAUGGUCUCUACUUUCUGUUGUGUUUUGAGUAUUUGAAAGGUUCUUUACAUGUUUAAUCUCUGAAUCACAUCUGAAAAAAAAGGUCUUUUUUUCUCUUUGUACCAAAACCCAUAUAUUUGCUGAUUAUUUUUGGAAUCAGGUUUGUUUGUUAAGCAUUUUAAUCACAAAGAUCUUUCUUUUUUAACUCUUUAAAGUCAUCCUUGCAUACACAGUAUUUUGAACGACUGUAAAUGGCCAAUGCUCUGUAUAAAUAAUUUUUAUAAAUAAUUUCAUUUGAUUCAUAGAAUGUACAAUUUAUUUGCAGCAAUGCUGGACUGUAACAGUAUUUAAAACAGACAGAAGGGAAACAGAGGCAUGUACUAAAAUAAUCUCCAAAGCAACAUUGUGUUUGUAUGCACGACUGUGCUGCACCUUCAGACCUGCUGUUACCUACAUAUCCGCUGUCAGGCUGUGAGUCUCACUUGCUUGGCUAGCAGAAGGAUUUUGAAAUAAAACGAAUAAAUAAAUAAAUAAAAUUAUAAAAAGCAUCAUUGGCUCACCUUCAUAGGCCAGGUGUGACGCUGUGCACCACGAAGAGGCACGAGGGGCAGUUAUAAAGGGGUAGGAAGGCUUACGGAAGGCUUUUUCCAAGGUGUCUUUGGGAUUCAGCCAGUCACCAUCCACUUUCUCCGGAGCUUCAUGACCAUUCUCACAUCCACUCAGCAUCAGACCAAGGGUUGGCACCGCAGGAUUCCUAUGGAGGAGCAAUGUAACGUACAUACGUGUUGCUUCUUCGCGGCUCGAGUCACAGAUGCUAAAGCCAGUGCUCUCUAAUGUCCGGAAGAAUGACGCCGUGUGGGUUUGUACCACUACUGUGCAGCUGAGUUUAUGCAGAUAAGGCCAUAUCACCAUUUUUGUUACUUGGUGUAUAAUUUUGGGGUUUUUUUCUGUUAUUGGUUGUUGUUUUUGGUUUGUUUGUUUUGUUUUUGUGUUCACAGUUGCAGCUGAGCUGAGUUUUAAUGUAUAAUUUAACACAGAGUUCCUCAAUACCAACAACUAAAAAGUUGUCAAAGAUUUCUUUAGAUCUAAUGUAGUAAAAAGGAAAAUGUAUGAUUUUUUUGUUAUUCCAAAGUGGCAUCUCAUAUAACAUACUUACUGCUAUAUGUACUAGAAUAUUAUUUAUAAAUUAUGCCUCUACAAUGCC